AUGGCGAUGGCUGCAAGCGACGAACGGUUGACAGCCCUACGCCAGAGUUUAUCUGAGUCUUCCUUGGCACGGUAUGCCGCGAAACGACGGUCAAGUAGGCGCCAGCUGAAUAAGCUUGUAUUAAGGCCAACACCAGCACAACAGCCGCCGCAAGAACAACCAGGUACAGCGCCGCCAGUACAACCGAAGCGAUCGUCAGCAGCAGUUAACGACAAAACGGGCAGUAGGAAGGAGGGCAGGCACAGUGACAACGAUAAGGAUCAGAAGCUCAAGCAUAGUAGUGUGGAUCAACGUGCCCCACCUCCCUUGAGUAAGACCAUUACGAGAAUCAAGGCAGGCUUCCAGUACGUGCGUGGACGAUCUGCGCAGCUUGGGCGCACUCCAAUUAUGGGCCCCGUUGUGAAGAUCCGGAGGUUUCUAGGCUCUCCGACUCAAACGGCCGCGCUGACACGCGAAGACGCACCUCAGGGCGGGCGGAAGUCGACCCAAGUGCUGACGCAGAAACCCAUGCUGAGGAGCACGCCAGCUGACGCGGUAGCACGUGACGACAGAGCUGAAGCUUCAGUAGAAGCUGAAAGAAUAACUAGAGGAAUAGCUACACAUGCAUCAGAGCGCGAACUGUUAACGGAAUCCAAGCCCUCUAGGUCAGUGGGAAGAGCGCAGUACUUCAAGACCCGGGAAUUGGAUCUCAACGCCGUGUUCGAAGAUGCACCGCCGGCCUUUCCAGUUGGCACGGAAGGCAGAUUCACGCCAGCCACGGCGACGGAGUCGCAGCAGGAGCAGGUAAAAUGGCACGAGAAGUUACAAGAACCAACGCGAGGAACGUCUCACGCGGGACAAUUGGCCAGCCAAGGUGCAAUGGGCAGGCAAGAAGAAGGGCGAGGCCAGAAAAGCAACGAAGAAGAGUUCAAGCCAUAUGUGCAAAUACGGGCCGUAUUCGAACCCCUGCUGCGCGAAAAAGGUCCCGAAACAGUGGCCCAUGCUGCCACAGUCCGAGGGGAGCCCGUGCAGACCGGCACAACGCGCUCGUCAUCACCCUGGGUACACGGAAUAGUCGCGCAAGUCGAGCGGCAGUUACAGCAACAGAUGCAGUCUCCCCAUUUCGUAAACAUUACGGCCGGAAUACAUACGCCCCACGCAUCGGCGCAGCGGCGGACGGGAUUCUACUGCCUGCAUCCACCCCCUAGUGGUUCGCUGCCACUGCUUCCACCGCUUCCCGAUGAAGCACGCGGUUCUGUAUGCGUUACGCCGGCGAGAGCGACCGCCUGCCUCCCACAGCCAGAAGUAACGCUACCACCGCAUUUGCCGCAAGCAGGAACUGCGGGAACAGUGCGACAGGCAACCCUCGGACGAUCGACGGAGGACAGAGUUGGGCAGCACAAGCUAGCGUUACGGUUUGACCCUCGAUUAAAGGCGCUGCAGUCGGUGCUCAUAAAAGCCAACUUCACUCCUAGAGUGCCGGACAAAACGGUACCAGCAGCACAGGAGGGCCCCGCCAUGCUACCCUCAACGGGGGGACCCUUCGGAGGGAUCGCCGAUGAUUCGCCGCCGUCGUCAGCUCCACCCCCGCCACCGCCGCCACCGCCGCCACCACCGCCACCACCACUACCGCCGCCGCCGUCAAGUCGGCGCCGAAGAAUUGAACCAUCCUUUUUCAAGUUUGCCGGUUCGGCCGGAUCGGAUGACAUGCCGAUGUGUGUAAUUCGAGGAGGCAUCACGCAGUCUCUCCCAAAGCUUGUGGAUAUAAAACCGCAGCAGCCCCAACAGUCCGCCAGCACUGUAUACCUGAAGAAACCGGCGGAUGAGUUGCCGAAAUCUGUAGAAGGUCUGCCGAAAGAUGCAGAUAAGUUGCCGACAGCUCCGCAAGUGCCGCCGAAAAUCCCACCUGAGCUACCGCAAUCUCUACAAGACAUUCCUCAAGUUGGAGCAGACUCGUCGGAGGCUCCUCUGGCACCACCGGCUACUCCGGGGACCUUUUCCAGAAGCGAGAAAGAUCUGGAGAGAGCGCCGAAAGAUUAUCCGCAAGCUGCAGAGGAACAGUCUGAAGCCCCGCCAGAUCUGCCUCCUAGAGCUCCACCCGAAAUAUCGCCAGGUCCACCGGAAGCCAGUAAAGACCCGUUCGACGCUGGAGGCGCGAAUUAG